AAAAAGAUAACGGGGGGGAUUAGGUGCUACUAUAUAUUAUCAGUCCUUGUUUAUGUUAGCCGUAUGGAGUUUCUGCUCGUUACAAACGUGUCUUUUCCGAUUUCCACUGAAUUCACUCGAUUAACCUUACUAAGGCUUUUCAGUCUUUGGGGAGAGGUUUACGAUAUCGUCAUGAACCGGGCGAGUGGUAUGGCCUCCAUUGCCUUCAUCGACUCGACGUGUGCUCAAGAUGCUCUUGUUCAUCUCAAUGGCUGUCUUUUGUUUGGGCGGCAAAUCACCGUAAGUGUUGCUCCCCCUCCUACUUGCGUUGUACCUGGUUUUUUUGUGACUACGAGACCCACAAACACCCUUCUUGUGCAGAAUGAAUCUUACCUUCGUAUCUUAGUUGUUUUAAGGCGAAUAUUUGGGGUACAACGAAUUGUGCCCAUUACGUCAAGGUCUUGCACCGUUUAUGUGGACAACUUAGAUAUAGCGAUCAUUGCUAAGGAGCUUCUCUCUGCGCGUCGAAAUUGUUCGAUGGAUAGUAUUAGCGUGCUUUUUCUCUCUAAACGGUCGUGAUAAAGGUUUCUUCAUUUCGAUUGCAUGCAUAAUAACAAA